AUGACACUUCCUGAAACAAAUAAAACGUAUAUUAACUGGAAAGAUUACAUCUUUUUUAGGGAUUAUUUGGAAAGAUUGAAAACAAUUAAAAAAAAUUCUAACGAUAUUGAUAAUUUCAUUAAGCACAAAUCAGUUCCCCUAUAUGAUGUAGAACGCCAUAAUUUUAUUAAUAUUUGUCAUGAAAUAAGAGAACUUUUUAGGAUUAUGUCUUCUAAUGAUACUUAUGACAACAGAAAAUGUUGUAACUAUAUUAACUACUAUAUUAGACACCAAAUUAAAGAGAAUUUUCCUACAAAAGAAUAUGAAAUUUUUGAACACUUUAAGAAUUAUGUUGAAAGUAAUAUAAAAGAUCAAUCUUAUAAAAAAUGUGUGCCGGAAAUAAAAUAUAUAGGAGAAGCAGAAUUUGAUAAAAUGAAUGAAUUAAUUGAGCUAUAUGAUCAUUAUGAAACCAAUUUAUAUCCGACUUCAGUAGAUAAUAAUGGUCCUUCUAUUGAUUGUAAAGAUUUAAAUGAUUUCAUUGAAGAUUAUAAUGAAAAAGUCCAAAAACAUAUGGAUGAUAUACCUUUCCACAAAGAAUUAAAUAAUCUCAGAUGCUCAAUUGAAAAUAAUGAGUUAUUCAAUGAUAAUUGCGAAAGUACUUUAAGAGGAAUAUCAAAAAAUGAACAUUAUCCAUCUGAGAUAAAACAUUGUGAUGAAUCUCUAGAAAAAGAAUAUUUAAAGAAAUACACAAAACCCACUUAUUCGUACUUUAGUACAAACACAUAUAUUCAACCUACUAAUAUGAAAGAUAUAAUAGCAAUUACACUUAGUAGUUUUACUACAGCAAGAAAUUAUUUACGAAAUCGCUUUCCAAGAAUGAGAAGAAUGAAUAGAAAUAAAAAAGAGGAAACAUACCAACAUGAAAUGUAUAACAGAAAACAUUAUCAUAGGGAUUUGAAAGAAAAAUGUUAUAAUGUAUUAUAUGUUUCAGAAAGAAAAUACUAA